AUGGACGACAAAUUGCUUUGCUUCAUACAACAACAAUUGAAACUUCUUUUUUUGUUUUCUUUUUCUAUAUUUGUUCAAGAUACAUUUUUUAAACAACAAGAUAAAAUUCCAUUAUCGAAAUCAUCAAAACCAACAAACAAAAUUCGAACAAAAAUUUUUAAAUCAACAAAAUCAAAUAUAAAUCGAUAUAAUUCAACAUUAAAUAUAAAAGAUUUCAAUUCAUUUGAAUAUAAUAAUCUAUUUUAUCAAACAGAUAUCAAACCGACAUUAAAUAAAUCUGCACUUAUUUAUCAAUUAAUAUGUUCAAGACUUCAAGCAAAUUUAGCUCGAUCAAUAUCAGCUAAUAAAAUUCGAUCAAUUAAUAAAUCAUUUAUUUAUUCAUCAUCAAAUUUAUGA